AUGGCCUCAAUCACCAAGUUCCUCGCUGCUCUGGCAGUCUUCCUGCCCAUCGUCUACGGUGCGCCUACCCAGGCCGCCAACGCCCUCCACCCCGAGAUCCUGGCAGCGAUGAAGCGCGACUUGGGACUGGAUGCUGAGCAGGCCCACGUUCGUGUUGCUCGGGAGCUCAAGGCUACUGAGAUCAUCGAGCAGCUGAAGACGUCUACUGGCAGCUCUUUCGGUGGCGCCUGGCUCGUUGACGGCGAGCUCAACGUCGCUGUCACUGACGAGGCCUUGACCUCCGAGGUGAGCGCUGCCGGCGCCACGCCCGUGGUCGUUUCCAACGAUCUCUCCAAGCUUCAGGAGGCCAAGGCGGCUCUUGACAAGCUGGACAUCGACGCAACACUUGGUCGCAAGCGCGAGGAGUCUGGCAUCGCUUCGUACUACGUCGAUGUCGCCGCCAACAAGCUCAUUUUGGAGGCACUUUCCGGCAGCACCUCCCAGGCAGCGGAUCUGGCCAAGCAGGUCGGCCUUGUCGAAUCUGAAUUCGAGGUCAAGGUCGUUGACUCGAUGCCGACCACCUUUGUCACGGUCCGUGGAGGCGAUGCCUACCUGAUCAACCGAAGCGCUCGAUGCUCCGUCGGCUUCUCAGUCACCGGUGGUUUCGUCUCUGCUGGUCACUGCGGUACAACUGGUAACACUGCCUCCACCACCAGCGGUACCACCAUUGGAACUUUUGCUGGCUCAGUCUUCCCAGGAAGCGGUGACUACAGCUACAUCCGUGGUACUAGCGGAAACACCUACUCUGGCACCGUCAACAACUACAGCGGUGGUUCUAUCGCGAUUUCGGGAAGCACUGCUACUGCCGUUGGAGGCAGCAUUUGCCGCUCUGGAUCCACUACUGGUGUCUUCUGCGGCUCUGUCCGUGCUCUGGGCGCGACCGUGAGGUACUCCCAGGGAAGUGUCACUGGUCUCACUCAGACCAAUGUCUGCGCCGAGCCCGGUGACUCUGGAGGUUCCUGGUACUCUGGCUCCCAGGCCCAGGGUGUCACCUCUGGAGGCUCUGGCGACUGCACCAGCGGCGGAACCACCUACUUCCAGCCCGUCAACGAGAUCCUGUCUGCCUAUGGCCUCACUUUGGCCCGUGGUUAG